AUGGGUGUCCCAGCGCUGUUCAGAUGGCUGUCGGCCAAAUAUCCCAAGAUCAUCUCCCCGGUCAUCGAGGAGCAGCCCUACGAGGUUGGCGGUCAAGUGAUCCCCGUCGAUGCGACGCGUCCGAAUCCAAAUGGCGAGGAAAUGGAUAAUCUGUACCUGGAUUUCAACGGUAUUGUUCAUCCAUGUACUCAUCCGGAAGGAAAGCCAGCGCCUGCGAAUGAGCAGGAGAUGAUGCUGGAGAUUUUCAAGUACACGGACAGGAUUGUCAAUAUGGUCCGGCCGAGGAAGCUCUUGAUGAUCGCUGUUGUCUUCGAUUGCGGAGAGAUGCUAACGUGUAUCGCCUGCUUAGAUGGCGUCGCGCCCCGUGCAAAGAUGAACCAACAGCGCUCCCGUCGAUUCCGGUCCGCCCAAGAAGCAAAGGAGACAGAUGAAAAAAGGGAAGAAUUCCGGAAAAUGCUAGCAAAGCAGAAUGGCACCAAUCUGGACGAAGAGCUCCAGGAGCAUGUUAUCAAGAAAACAUGGGAUAGCAACGUAAUCACGCCUGGCACCCCGUUCAUGGAUAUAUUGGCGGCUUCCUUGCGAUAUUGGGUCGCGUACAAGCUCAACACCGAUCCAGCAUGGGAAAAGUUGAAAGUGAUUAUAUCGGAUGCCACCGUUCCCGGAGAAGGAGAGCACAAGAUUAUGGAAUUCAUUCGAUCACAGAGAGCAUCGCCAGAGCAUGACCCCAAUACCCGUCAUGUUAUGUACGGACUGGAUGCCGAUUUGAUCAUGCUGGGUCUCGCCACACAUGAGCCACAUUUUCGAGUUCUCCGAGAGGACGUCUUCUUCCAAGAGUCAAAACCCAGAACUUGCCAACUUUGUGGUCAAACAGGCCAUAAAGCCGAGGAAUGUAGGGGUCAGGCAAAAGAGAAAAGUGGUGAAUAUGAUGAGAAGCACAAAUCAACUUCGCUCAAGCCGUUUAUCUGGCUGCACGUGUCCGUUCUGCGAGAAUAUCUAGCCGCCGAACUUUAUGUGCCGCGACAGCCAUUUCCGUUCGACCUGGAGCGAGCACUGGAUGACUGGGUCUUCAUGUGUUUCUUCGUUGGAAAUGAUUUCUUACCACACUUGCCAUCACUUGACAUUCGUGAAAACGGCAUUGAUACGUUAAUUGCCAUAUGGCGUGACAAUAUCCCGCUUAUGGAUGGAUACGUCACCAAGGAUGGAAUUGUCAAUUUCAAACGUGCGCAGCUCAUUUUACAAGGUCUUGCAAAACAAGAAGAUGCCAUCUUCCGUCGCCGACAUGAGGUAGAGGAAAGGAAACUUGCCAAUGAGCGACGGCGCAAACAGGAGGAGAAGAUGCGGAACGAAGAACGUGCCCGGAAACGAAGAAGGAGCUCUCCAAGUUACGAAAGCUACGAGUCUCCGACUGGCAACAAGUCUCAUGGUCAUGGAGGCGACUUUGCCGUCCCAACAGAUGUGCCUCUCAUUACACCUAGCCGAGGAGAAUUAUCAAGGGAAACAAGGGAGUUAACCCACAGCCUGGUUGUCAACCGCGGGGCUGUUUACAAGGCCAACAUGGCCAAUAAAAGCGCCGCUGCAGUGCUCAAAAGCCAGUUGCUCAAGGGUUCUCAAGGCGAUGCCGACCCAGCUAACGGCGCCUUGAAUGGGAAUGACGCUUCCGAUGACACACCGGAGCAGACGUCACCGUCGAUCCUUGGUAAAAGGAAAGCCGAAAUCAUGGAAGACGAGGAGGACGAAGAAACAGUGACUCCUCCCAAGGAUGAAGACGAACUGCCUCCGGAUACUGUUCGAUUAUGGGAGGAAGGAUACGCUGAUCGAUACUAUGAACAAAAGUUCCAUGUAGAUCCCAAGGAUAUUGAGUUUCGGCAUAAAGUGGCAAGGGCAUAUGCUGAGGGCCUUCAGUGGGUGCUCCUGUACUACUUCCAGGGCUGCCCCUCUUGGACUUGGUACUACCCGUAUCAUUACGCCCCUUUCGCAGCCGACUUCGUCGACAUUGGCAACAUGGAAGUACAUUUCGAAAAAGGUAAACCUUUCCGGCCUUUUGAGCAGCUGAUGGGGGUUCUGCCGGCAUCCUCGAGCCAUGCCCUACCGGAGAUCUUCCAUGAUCUCAUGCACGACCCAAACAGCGAGAUUAUCGACUUCUACCCAGAAGACUUUGAAAUCGACUUGAACGGCAAGAAGUUCGCUUGGCAAGGUGUGGUCUUGCUGCCUUUCAUCGACGAGAAGCGGUUGCUGGCCGCCAUGGAAAAGAAGUAUCCACUUCUAUCCGAGGAAGAGAAGGCUCGCAAUACAGCGGGAAAGGAUAUACUCCUGGUAUCGGAUCGUCAUCCUCUCUACAAAGAACUGGCUGCAAAUUUCUAUUCCAAGAAGCAAGGCGCCCCGAAGUACAAGCUGAACCCGCGUAUUACCGGAGGCUUGGCUGGUAAGGUUGAACGCAACGAGAACUACAUUCCCCACGGUUCUUUAGUGGCCCCUUUCGAGGAUGAAAAUAUGCCCGGCCUGGAUGAGGAUCGAACCAUAACCGUCAAUUACGAGAUCCCCAAGUCCGUCCACGCCCACAAGUCUAUGCUCCUUCGGGGAGUGAAGUUUCCGCCGCCCAAGUUGAAUCAAGCAGAAAUUCAAAUGGUGAAGUCGAAAGCCCAGAAUUCCGGCCGCUCGUUCGGAGGAGCUCCUUUGCACAACGGUAACGGAGGCAAAGGUGGUCGGAUAAAUUACAUGGCUGACAGACCCAAUCCCUUCGCCGCGCACCUUGAUCCUUCUUUCGUGCCUCCGGCUUCUGUUGGAGGUGUCCCGGUACCAGCUCCUGGCUGGGCUCCUCCACCACCUGGCUACGCAGGAUAUUCCUGGGGUCCCCCACCGCCACCGCGGGGCGGCGGCCCUGAUUCCUACCGCCCUCAGUAUUCCUCUGGUCCUCCUCCGCCGCCACAGGUUCAUCAAAAUGCAGGCUUCUACGGCCAAGCUAGUGGCUACAGCUACCAGCAACAGGGUUCGCACGGUUACUCCGGCCAAUCUUAUUAUCAGCAAGGCAGUUACUACGGCGGUCAGCAAGCUGGAUCCAGCUACAACGACCGUCGGGAAAGCAGCAACUAUCGUGGAGGAUAUUAUGGGGGCUCUCGACAGGGCCGCGAUAGUUAUCCUCCAAGACGCAGUGAUGGCUAUGGCCGUUACUGA